GGUGAUAUGAUUAAUUAAUGAUUAAAUUAUUUGCUUUUGACCACUGAUUCGAUCUACACAGUCCACACACCCGCCGUCUCCAAAAAUGUCUGAAACAACCACCGAGUAUUCCACCAUCCAGAGUACCGACGGAGUCAAUCUCGAUGCCAGAAUUUUCCGACCAUCCGCCGCCGAUCACGCGCACAAGGACGCCGACUAUGCGGCGUUGGUAGUGGUGAUGGUGCAUCCCUACUCAGUGCUAGGUGGCUGCCAGGGACUAAUGAAAGGAAUGGCCCGCGGUCUGGCCAGUAGAGGACUGACUGCCAUCACAUUCGACACCCGCGGAGCCGGAAAAUCCACCGGACGCGCUUCCCUCACCGGAUCCGCCGAGGUCAACGACGUCGUCUCCGUCUGCAAGUGGGCCGCCGGUAACCUCUCCGCGAGCCGCAUCGUCCUCGUAGGAUCCUCCGCCGGAGCUGCAAUCGCCGGAUCUGCAAUUGAUAAGGUGGAGGAAGUAGUUGGCUACGUCAGCUUGGGCUACCCUUUCGGAUUCACCGCUUCGGUUCUGUUUGGAGGGCACCAAAAAGCCGUAUUGCAAUCCCUAAAGCCGAAGCUGUUUGUGAUGGGGACCAAAGAUGGGUUCACCAGUGUGGGGCAAUUGGAGAAGAAGCUGAAGAAAGCUGCAGGGGAGAUGAACCAAACGCAUCUCCUGGAAGGAGUCAGCCAUUUUCAGAUGGAAGGUCCUGCUUUUGAUGCCCAAAUGGUUGAUUUGAUUCUUCAGUUCAUUACAUCAUUGUAAUGCUAUUCUUAUUCAUCAUAAUAUCUCCUUAAAUAUUUAAAUUUUUGUGUAUCAAUUCUGUAUCCCAAAUGAGUUAAUGAAACUCUAAAAUAGUUCCAAGUUGAAGUGAGCAAGGCAGUGAUAUUGCUGAAUCAGUCAUAGAACAAGUAUAAUGUAAAUAGGUAGUGAUAUUGCUGAAUCAGUCAUUGAAUAAGAGCAUCUCCAAUUGUUC